GAAGCAUUUUUGUUUGUAACGUAGCGGGCAAAGUCCGAUCUAAGUUUUUUUUGGUUGGUGUGGCCCCCAGUUGCACGGCAUCGAACAGGGGGCCUCCGAUGCUAGAGCCGACUAACACAAGGAGGGAACGCCCUUUUCGAAAAAUUCUCAUGUUUAACUUUGGAGAAGAAGGCGCUUUCUAACGGAAACGCGGCUUCACCUUGAAAAGGGGAAGGCGCUUUCUAACGUUUGUUUACUUUGAGAGGGACACCUGAGGCUUUCCCUUGCAUUUCUACGACACCCUUUACUGAUUAAAACCGGGCCACCAGCAGUAGCGAAUGUGCAGAGAGAGUCAGCUGAAGUAAAUAAUUCAAACUGAAGCGCUGAAACUGUGUCCCCCUCUAUGCAGACCGCCAUUCAUCAUUAAUUUACUGGCCUCCUUCAACUGUUUGAAACCGGACAGCAAAACGUUCCCCUCCGGAGGUGGACUCACACAGCUCGAUGCAUGCACGCGAGUUCGCUUGGUGUCGUGCAGCAAGCUCCUGUGUCACUUUAAAUUCCACCGACUUCCUCUUUUUUUCCACAAUGAAGAGCCCGCGCGAGCCGUCCCAGAAGCUCUUGCCGUGUCGGCGGAGCCGAGUUACCUCCAUAUCUCUGCUUUUUCUUGUCUUUGCGGUUCACAGUGUUUUUCUCAGCAACUGUAGAGCGCAAGACGACGGGGAAGAAAGCGUUGUCUAUUCUGACACGGGGACGGUCUGCGACGUCGCCGCAGCGACAAAGCUAGUUAUAGUCGAGAAGCCUGGAACCGUCAAGUUCAAGUGUGGAGCCAACUUACCAACGUUGUAUCCUGCCCAGAAUUCGGCUGACCAGACGGUUUGUGACUACCCUAACUGCCGAACUCCGGUGAAACUCGCCGACCUGUUCGAUGGAGCAUCUCUGACAAAAGAAACUGUAUCCGAAGGCGUAGAAUAUUCGUUCACAACCAGCAAAUGGCCCGACAGUGCUGGGUCUAUCUUUUUCAGCUGUAAACCAAACCCACCGACACCGCCGUCGGCACUCCGACAAGCGGAAGAAGAUCCCCAGUCAACAACAAGCGCCCUGACGCUUGCACGGUGCGAAUUGUUAUCAGAGGCAAACCAGAGAAAGAAAUUCCUUCGUAUGAGUGCAGCACGCCCACUGGGCAGCGCUUCUUUAGAGUUGACUCUUCCGGUGACGCCGUCUCUUUCAGUUGUGGCGCAGAAAUGGCUCUUGAGACGCAAACACACGCGUAUCAGACGGCCGAGUGCACAGAUUUAACUCCGCUUACAACUCUUCUACCGUCCGCGAGUCUAACACAGGACACUUCACAGAGCGGCACACUCGAGAACCCACUGUAUACACUGACAGUUCCCCAGUUGCCAGGGGAGCCGAUCAAUCAGCUUUGUUUCUUGUGCAAAUCGAAGGAGUCGAGUUCGUCCACACCGGACGUUUGCAAAGUGCUAAUUGGAUUUGAAACUCUCCCAAAUGAUGGAGAGCCCCAAUCACACGAAGCGACGAGCGCUAGUUUUUUGUCCUUAGUUUUGCUCGCGCUGACUUUCGGUGUCUCUACAGUUGCCGCAUUUGUGUAAGAGUAGCCACUUGUGGGUUCGCUUGCCCUCCUGUUUGCGGGCGCCAGUGCCUGCCAGCCAGCUUUAGGGUACAACGACUUCCCUUUGCUGGAAAGAGCAAAGCGACCGACAGCUGAUCUGCCAGGGAAGUGGAAGCGGAAAUCCUCCAAGUGACGUGUGAAGCAGGUGCAGACAAAACACUGAAGUGAAACGCGUGCUUGCCUUGGGUGUCUGCUCGACAGCUGGAGGGAUAGGGUGGCGCACACACAAGUAGGUGGACAGCGGUAAAAUUUAUGUAAGUGGGCAUUUGGGGAGAUAAAAAAACAACAGGGGACAGGCAAGCACUCCUUCAACGCCGUGUGCAUCUUUAUGGCAAGCCAAUGGUGCGUCCUCGAGUGCCUGCCUCUCACUGGGACCCUGAUUCUCCUCGUAUCCGUGAGGCGUGCUGUCUCGCUUUUUUUCUCCAUCUGACGAGUUGAAAAAUGAUUUUUCAAGUAUGGCAAUGACUGCCAUUUUGUUAUUUCAGUGCUACUUCGUCUUUGGGGGACGGCCAAAGCCAACAAUUUAGGUUCGUCGUUUGAUGCCAAAAUGCCGGAGUUCGCAUCCUCACACGCCGUUUGUACUGUAAUCUACUGCCCUAGUUUGGCUGCGACGCCUCGUAACC